AUGGAGCGUCGUCAGAGUCUUGAGGAUCAGCUCAGAUGUCCCGUCUGUCUGGAUGUUUUCAGUGAACCGCUCAUGUUACAGUGUGGACAUUCGUACUGCAGGUGCUGUGUCCGCUCCAUGACGAUGGACCUACUGGGACAGCUGCAGUGUCCUGUCUGUCGGUGUUCGGUGGAUGGUGACAGUCCUCCACUUAAUGUCAGCUUGGCUCGAAUCAUUGAGGCUGUGCAGGAUGUGACUGUUUCAGAUGGAGCUCAGUCCGAGUCCUGUCCAACACACCACAACCCACUGAGCCUUUACUGCGAGGAUGAACGUACCGUCAUCUGUGGGCUCUGUGGGAGCAUCGGCGCUCACCGAGGUCACAAGAUCACGCCUGUGAGCUCCGUCUACAGCCGCAUGAAGGAGGACAUCUCCUGCUUAAUGACAGACUUUCAACAUCAGAAACGUAAACUGGAGGAUCAGAUCUGUAAAAUGGCGUACAAUAAAUCCAGGAUCACUAAUGAGUCUGAUGUUCUAAAGUGGGUGGUGAGGAAGGAGUUUGGUGAACUGCGGCGUUACCUGGAGGUGGAGGAGGCGGGGUUUAUGCAGCAGGUGGAAACAUCAGCCGCUGUCCUGAUUUCAUCCCUUCAAAAACAGACGGACCAACUGAAUCAGAACCUGAACCGGCUGCAGGAGGCCCAGAACACCCUGCAGGGCCUGAGCAAUGAGGGACACCUGGACUUUAUCAUGAAAUACGGAUCAAUUGCACCAAGGUUCAGACAGAGUCAGGAGCUUCAGCAGAAAGAGGAGAAAAUCUUCAGCUCUUUGAACUUCAAACCAGGUUUCAACCAUAAUGACAUCAAACUGACAGUAUGGAGACGACUCCACCGGAAAGUUCUGCCUGCCCCAGAGCCGCUGAAGCUGGAUCCCCAGACAGCUCACCCCAUGUUGGAGCUCCAUCGUGGAGACACUGUGGUGUCCUGUGGAGCUCUGCUUCGACGGCUUCCAGAUAACCCAGAAAGAUUCACCUACAGCUACUGUGUUCUGGCCAACAAAGGGUUCUCCUCUGGAAAGCACUACUGGGAGGUGGAGGUUGGUGACAAACCUAAAUGGCGUCUGGGUCUUGUCAAAGGAACAGCCAGCCGUAAGGUAAAGCUGACGAAGAGUCCAGAUUCUGGCGUUUGGGUGAUUGGUCUCAAGGACAGUGUUUACGAGGCCUUCACCAGUCCCCGGGUGGUACUGCCGUUGUCAGCCCCCCUUCGCAGAGUCGGCAUCUUCCUGGACUACAAUGGUGGAGCACUGACCUUUUAUAAUAGUGGCAGUCCUGAUGAUCUGAUCUUCAUCUACAGCUUCAGGCUGGAGGUUCAGGGGAAGGUCUACCCCCUGCUGGAUGUGUGCUGGCACGACAGAGGAGACAAUAAACACCCUCUGGUUCUUCCCCUCCCUCCCCGUUAA